UUGAUGGGCGUAUCAGGUUUGCAUUUUAAAAUGCGAGCAUAUGUAUGCUCUUCAGUCCUCACGGAAUACUAUCUUUUAUAUUUGGCCAACUUAUAUGUUGACAUAUACUGUAAAAUCAAGAACGGCUGUAUAUAUAUCACCCUCUUGUCCCGGCCGUUUGGUGCCACGACACAUAAACCUUGUAGCCACCGGCGUCACCCAGCCAUGAGCCGCCCGCACGCGGUGCUUAUCCCGUACCCGGCGCAGGGCCACGUCACGCCGCUGCUGCACCUCGCCAAGGUGCUGCACUCCAGGGGAUUCUACGUCACCUUCGUCAACUCGGAGUACAACCACCGCCGCCUGCUCCGGUCACGCGGCGAGGACUCGCUCGCCGGCCUCGACGACUUCCAGUUCGAGACCAUCCCGGACGGGCUGCCGCCGAUCGAGAACGAGGACGUCACGCAGGACGUCCCCGCGCUCUGCACGUCCUUUGCCACGCACGGCGCCGCGCUCUUCAGGGACCUCCUGGCGAGGGUCGACGACGGGAGGCCGCCGGUGAGCUGCGUGGUAACGGACGGGGUGAUGAGCUUCGCGCUGGAGGUGGCCGGCGAGAGGGGCGUCCCGGCGUUGGUGUUCUGGACCACCAGCGCGUGUGGGUUCAUGGGGUACCUCCACUUCUUCGAGCUCAUCGAGAGAGGCUACGUGCCACUCAAAGACGAGAGCUGUCUGACCAACGGAUACCUCGACACGGCGCUCGAUUGGGUGGCCGGGAUGCCGGGCAUAAGGCUGCGAGACUUCCCCAGCUUCGUCCGCACGACCGACCGGAACGACGUCAUGCUCAACUUCGACGGCGGCGAGGCGCAGAACGCGCACCGCGCCCAGGGCAUCAUCCUCAACACGUUCGACGCGGUGGAGCAGGACGUCGUGGACGCGCUCCGCCGCAUCUUCCCGCGCGUGUACACGGUCGGCCCGCUCCCGGCGUUCGCGGUCACCGCGGCGCGGGCGCGGCCGGAGCUGGACGCGAUCGGCGGCAACCUCUGGAAGGAGGACGCGAGCUGCCUCCGGUGGCUGGACGACCGGCAGCCCGGCUCGGUCGUGUACGUCAACUUCGGCAGCAUCACGGUCAUGUCGCCGGCCCACCUCGCGGAGUUCGCUUGGGGCCUGGCGCGCUGCGGGCGCCCGUUCCUGUGGGUCAUCAGGCCGGACCUCGUGGCCGGCGACAAGGCCGUGCUGCCGGAGGAGUUUCUCGCCGAGACGAAGGACCGAGGGAUCUUCCUGAGCUGGUGCCCGCAGGAACAAGUCCUGGGGCAUCCGGCGACCGGGCUGUUCCUGACGCACUCUGGGUGGAACUCGACGCUGGAGAGCAUCUGCGCCGACGUGCCGAUGGUCUGCUGGCCCUUCUUCGCGGAGCAGACGACCAACUGCCGGUACGCGUGCGCCGAGUGGGGCAUCGGGCUGGAGAUCGAUAGCGACGUGAGGAGGGAGGAGGUGGCAAGGCUCGUGCUGGAGGCCACGGACGGCGAGAAAGGCAAGGACAUGAGAGCGAAGGCGACGAUGUGGAAGGAGAAGGCCGAGGCGGCGGCAGAGGCCGGCGGGACUUCGACUCUUGGCAUCGACCGCCUCGUCGCAUUCUUGCUUGGAGGGACCGAUGAUCCUAAAAGCUGAAAACGUUGUUGUCCUGUUGAAUCAGCCCCCUGAUCAGUGUGAUGGGUAUAUGGGGUUGGAAACUACAGUAUGAUGUAACCAUUUCCCCCUGUUUAAAACCGUUGUGCGUCCAUAUCAACAGUAUGCAAGAUAAACUAUGCUUCUA